AUGCCGCACCAACCAAGCCUCGCCGACGCGGCGGCCAACCUAUCCGAGCUCUUCCAGCGAGCCGGCCAGAAGACGACGACGAGUGAACAGGACCUGGUGAUGGUGUCGCGGCAGAUGCUGCGGCUGCUGGCGGCGCCGCUGCUGGAGCAAAUGGGACUGCCGCAGACAACAUCGUCGGUGGCGCUGCUGGACAAUGCGUGCGGGACCGGGGUGGUGACGCAGGAGGUGCAGUCGGCGCUGGCCGUGGAGGUGCUGAGGCGGAGCAGGUUUAUGUGCGCCGACAGCUCCGAAGCGAUGAUUGGGCUGGUGAGGAAGAGGGCGGCGGCGGAGGGGUGGGUGAAUGUCGAGGCGAGGGUUGCGGAUGCAAGAGACAGCGGAUUGCCGGCGGACUCGUUUAGUCACGUUGCCGUCGCGCUGGGGCUCCAUAUUAUCCCAGACCCAGACGCGGUCAUCGAAGACUGCCGGCGCAUGCUGCGGCCCGGGGGUAUCUUCGGCGCAACAACCUUCCCGCAGCGCAACGGCCAAAUGUUCUGGUACCCAGACAUGCGGUCGGCGUUUGCGUCGCUGCCGUUCCCGACACCGCCGCUGCCGGACACGAUGCCGAUGCAGAUGCACUCGAGCGGGCGGUGGGACGACGCGGCGUGGGUGGAGCAGCACCUCCGGAAGCGACACGGGCUCGCCGGGGUGACGGUGCGGACGGUGGGCGGGCGGUGGCGGGUCGAGGACGCGGGCGAGUUUGUGGCGGCGUUUGGCGUCAUGCUGCCGUGGUUGAUGGCCACGUGGUGGGACGAGGAGACGAGGAUGGAGCAUCCGGUGGACAAGGUGCGGGAGCUGGUGAGGAGGCACCUUGCGGAGAAGCAUGGGGGGGGAGGAUGGGAGGUCGAGUGGGAGGUGCUGAGCAUGACGGGCGUUGAGCCUUGA